GACAAAAAAAAAAUAUAAAAUAAUUUUUUUUUAAAUUAAUAAAUAAAAAUUUUAUUUAAAAUAAAUAAUGGAUUAUGACAUCCUAUGCUUCAAACACUGUAACUCGCAAUCAAUAUUCUGCAAAGCAAUCCCCGAAAAAUGUCCUAUCUGUCAGGUGGAACUAAAAAAUUUAUUAACAGAACCAUUUGUCUUGCCGCACUGUUGCACAAAGGCGACAAAUAACCCGGCUUCGAUAGUACUGAAGCCUUCUGUUGGAACAUUUUGCAACGACUACACUAUUACGAAGGACAUGCACAUUGGUGUGGUUGAUUCCCAAUGCCAGUUAUAUGAAUACGAUCACCGCGGAAUAAUUCACAACAAUUUUAACGACUGGACAGACUGCAUUGUCAUUAACAAUUUAGUUCCCGAAUCUUGGUACUUCCACUGGGACAAAACGCUGUCAGAUAUUGUCAUAAAUCCUGCCUGGAGUUCAUCAAACUACGACUCUGAAAAAUUUAAUUGUUACAAUUUCAUCAUUGAGUUUCUUAAAUUAUUGAAUUAUGAAAAUUUAAAAUUUAUUGAUAAAGAGCAUGUGUUUAAUGAAUUUUUCUUACCUAAGUUGCGUUAUACAUUAAAGUAUAUUUAUAUUUAUAGAAAAUUGAAGAAUACUUGUUGUUACGUUGCUUGA